AUGCCGCACAUGCCACACCACAGAAGACAUCACUCCUGGCCACACUGUGGCUCAGAGAUAUGCAUGCGUGAACCUCGCAGCCUGGAGCUGCGAAUAUCCAAAUCCAGGGCUGGACACCCAAUUAUUACACCGUGGUCCUUUCAGCAAGCCACAGUGGUUCCACUCAUAGCAGAGGACCUUGAAGACGACGACGCCGAGAUGGCGGGUAUUAUACGGUCGCGAAACCCACGAGUCCAUCGUCUUUGGUCUCGCCCUCUACUGAGAGACAGACGGGAUGAUAUUCAUCUCUCAGCCUCCUCGGUCGAAGCUCGGAAGCAUGUCCAUCGCAGUGUGCUUCGUCGAUUGAUCCGUCGACAACCGCUAGAUAGGACGCGGUCACUUUUCGUUAUGCCAACUAUAAGAAGAGCGGGAGAUGAGACGGUGAUUUCCGGAUGGAUGCCGCCUCGUAUUUCGGCUCAGCCGGUGACGAUCGUGGAGAGAAACCCGACAACUCUUUCUGGGGUUGAUACGGCGAGAUUGAUCGCUGAGCGACGCCAUCGGCGAUGUCACUCGGAGCAACCACGGUCAUGGAGGGAGCCUAGCGCUAGCCUGUGGCCUUUACAAGAGGAAUCUUGA